AUGGCUGGGAUUGAUGAAAAUGUUGUACUUAAUGGUGAUUGGGGUCUUCCGAAUCCGAGUCCGAGAACCCUAUUUUCUCGAAUGCUAGAUGAAGAGAGUAAUAGUGUAACAAGACAAAUCUCUGAACAAUCUGAAAGUGAUAGAAUUGAGGUGCAAGAUGGUGAUUCGGGUACCCAAUUGAGCGACGGAAGUUAUCGAAACGAUCAUAAGCUGAACUCGCGAGGUGGUCUUGUUGAAAGAAUUGCUGCUAGAACCGGAUUUAAUGCGCCAAGGUUGAAUACAGAAGGCAUUAGAUCUACAGAGCUUUCGCUCAAUUCUGAGAUUCAGUCUCCGUAUUUGACUAUACCGCUUGGUCUUAGUCCUGCUACACUUUUAGAUUCUCCUGUUUUCCUUGCGAAUUCGUUGGCACAACCAUCUCCAACAACAGGGAAGUUUCCAUUUGUCUCAAACGGAAAUAUCCGCGGCACAGAGUUAUCUUCUGAUGAUCAACAAAAAUUUAAACUUAAUGGCUUUAAUGAUAUGUAUGCAUCAUCCUUUGCCUUCAAGCCUACACCCGAUACAGGACCCUCUUUUUAUCAUGGUGCUGGUAGAAAUAUAAAUCAAACUACGCUUCCUCAGCAAACCCUUCAUAGUUUUGAAGCUUCAGUUCAAUCUCAAAGAGUUGAUGCGACUGAGAACAAAAGUAGCCUCCAUCUUAAGGCAGAAUUCUCCGACUCGCCACCUCAAAAAGACAAUUCUGCACCAAUGGAAGAUCAAGCAGAAGAAAAUGGAACUGAGAAGGGUAUUUCUCAAAAGAAUCAACAAAUGUUACCUCAAAUACUUGCUAAUACAUCUGAGCCAACAUUUCAUCUACGUCAUGCACUUAGUACUAAUGGUUCUGACUCUGUUCGAAGAACCCAUAAAUGCUGUGUCUAUAUUGCCGGAAGUAGCAAGUACUGUGCUCGGCUGAACUCUAUACAAGCAUACAAUGAUAUAAACCAGAAUGUGAUAGGAGAAGCUAGUCAUUUGUCAGAGUAUUCCUUCUCUGCUCAUAACAACAUUAUCGAUCCCACUGCAGAGCUUGGGGCAAAAACAACUGUAGGACCGCAUUGUAUGUUGGGGGAAGGCUCGCAGAUGGGUGACAAAUGCAGUGUAAAACGAUCUGUCAUUGGCCGCCACUGUAGGAUAGGUGCCGAUGUUAAGGUUGUUAAUUCAGUAGUUAUGAACCAUGUUACUAUUGGUGAUCUUUGUUCAAUCCAAGGUUCUGUCAUCUGCAGCAAUGUACAGCUCCAAGAACGUGCAAUACUAAAAGAUUGCCAAGUUGGAGUAGGCUUCGUGGUCACUGCAGGUAGUGAAUGCAAAGGGGAGGUAUUGGCUAAUAAAUGA